CUUUUUCUAGUACGACAGCAAUCAUGGCCGUCGGUAAAAAUAAGGGUUUGUCGAAAGGAGGCAAAAAGGGAGUUAAAAAGAAGGUAGUUGACCCUUUCACAAGAAAAGAUUGGUACGAUGUUAAGGCCCCAUCGAUGUUUGCCACCCGACAAGUUGGCAAAACUUUAGUUAAUCGUACCCAAGGUACCAAAAUUGCAUCUGAAGGUUUGAAAUUCAGAGUUUUUGAAGUAUCUUUAGCCGAUUUACAAAAUGAUAAUGACGCGGAAAGGUCUUUCAGGAAGUUCCGUCUUAUUGCUGAAGACGUUCAAGGUAGGAAUGUUUUAACAAAUUUCCAUGGUAUGGAUUUGACAACUGACAAGUUGAGGUCCAUGGUAAAGAAAUGGCAGACUCUUAUUGAGGCAUCUGCUGAUGUUAAAACGUCUGAUGGUUAUUUGCUUAGGGUAUUCUGCAUUGGUUUCACCAACAAAGAUCAGCUUUCACAAAGGAAAACGUGUUAUGCCCAGCAUACACAAGUCAGAGCUAUCCGCAAGAAGAUGGUCGAAAUUAUCACCCGCGACAUCCAAGGCUCAGACAUCAAGGAAGUCGUUAACAAACUCCUUCCCGACAGCAUAGCCAAGGAUAUUGAGAAAGCCUGCCAGGGCAUCUACCCCCUGCACGAUGUGUACAUUCGCAAAGUGAAGGUACUGAAGAAGCCCCGUUUCGAACUUUCCAAAUUGUUGGAAUUGCACGGAGACGGCGGUAAAGGUGGAGCUGGUGACGUCGGCGGCGAGGCCGGGUCUAAGGUCGACAGGCCAGAGGGAUACGAACCACCUGUACAAGAAUCGGUUUAAACAUAUUUUGUUAUUUUAUAAUUGAAAAAGAAAAAAUUAAAUACGAGGUAUUUAAGACAGAUUGUGU